AUGAUGGGUGGAACCAAGCAGCCGUUGGUCAGUGAGCAGUUGCGGGGGUUUCCCUGGGCGCAGAUAAGUCUCGUCAUGUUUGUUCGGCUGAGCGAGCCAGUUGCUUUUAUGUCUCUAUUUCCGUACAUGUACUUCAUGGUGCGAGACUUUGAUGUAUCUAGUAACGAAAGCCAGAUCGCGGCCUAUUCGGGCUGGCUGGGCUCUGUAUUUGCCCUGUGCCAGGUGGUUUCGGCCAUGAACUGGGGCCACUUUGCGGAGAGAUACGGGCGCAAGUGGGCACUCAUCCUGGGUCAGCUCGGGACAUGCUGCUCUCUUCUGCUUCUGGGGUUUGCGGGAAAUUACUACCAGGCCCUCCUCGCCCGCAGUCUGAUGGGGCUGCUAAACGGGAACGCAGGCGUCGUGCGUACUGUUGUAGGCGAGCUCGCUUCUCAAGAGAGACACCAAGCACUGGCCUUCAGCACCAUGCAGCUUCUUUGGCAGUUCGGAGCUGUCUUGGGGCCCAUGAUCGGCGGCUAUCUCUCCUUUCCUAAAGGACAAAACAAAAUACCAGAAUGGUACCCUCCUUGGCUUUCCAAGAUGGUAUCGCUGUUCCCGUACUCGUUGCCGAAUUUGGUUAUAUCCGUGCUGCUGCUCGGCAGCGUUUUAACCACCGCUCUGUUUUUGGAAGAGACGCACCCGCAUCUGAAGCACAGUCGUGACAGGGGGCUCGAAGUGGGCUCUUGGCUGCUACGGCAUUUCUGGCCGUGGUAUACCGCCAGAAGCAGCAGCACUGAACGUGCCCUAGUGACGGACGAAGAGGUUCAGUCUGACACCGAGGAGCGGACGCAUCUGCUCAGCGACGGACGCCGCACGUCGGGCGAGGACUACGCCUACUCUCGGGUCACCGGCAAGGACGCUGCGCCGGGAGAAACACAGAACAAGGCCGUGGCUACGGGGACACAGCUUGGUACAGAAUUCGUCGAGGAGGGGAUCCCGCCCCCGCUGGAACAAACAGCUAUGCGGCAUAUGAUAUACGCAGACGUAUUCUACCCGAUCAUUAGCCACUUGUGUCUCGAGCUGCACCUGACGCCGACCGUCGAGUUCCUGCCGGUUUUCUUGUCCACUGCGCUGGCGACGGAGGAGAGGCCGGACGGAACGGUUGGGCUUGCGUCGCGGUUCCCAUGGAAAAUUGUGGGCGGGAUAGGAAUGUCGUCCGAAAGGGCGGGGGAUCUGCUCUCGACGACCGGCAUUGUCGGAUGCCUGGUCAUGUUCUUCCUGUUUCCUUUAAUUACGCAGCGGUACGACCCCAUCUCAAUUUACCGCAGCGGCCUGUCUCUGUUCCCCAUCGUCUACGUUCUUGUGCCAUACAUCGUGUUCCUGCAGAAGGACUCGAUUCCGAAGUGGUGCACCUAUGUGUAUCUCUACUCUCUGACAUCGGCCAAAACCACGAUCUGCUGUCUGACAAUGCCACAGAUGCUGUUGAUUAUCCAUCGGACCUGCCAUCCGCGCUACCGCGGGGUCGUCAACAGCGCCGUCAUUAGUCUUGGGGCUGGCGCCAGGUUCAUUGGCCCGCUCCUGGGAGGGUAUAUUUUGGCAUGGUCGCAGGCGCACGAGGUCGCGUGGUUGCUGUGGUGGCUACUUGCUGCCCUCGCGGUGUACGCCGGCUACCAGGCUUACAAAAUACGCGCUGUGUAA